GCAAAGUGAACAAAAAAUGUCGUACAAUUUGACAGUUAGUCCGCACUGUAAUGCGCCCUUUCUCGGCCCGAGUUUAGCCCAGAGUUGCCCAGGCUCACAGUUUCUGGUUUUUAUGACUCUACUCGACACAUUUAUCAGAACAAAUUCUGAUGUUUCACAACUUUGUCAACGAGUUGCUCCUGUUAAUCCAGCCAACUACUAUUACGAUUUCAUUGUUGUUGGAGGGGGAUCGGCUGGUGCAGUGGUGGCUGCAAGAUUGAGUGACGUCCCCGAGUGGAAAGUUUUGCUGCUAGAGGCUGGACCGGAUGAGCCACCUGGUGCUGAUGUGCCAAGUAUGGUGGCAAUGUUUCUAGGUUCGGAAAUUGACUGGCAGUACAGAACGAUUAAUGAGACAAACGCUUGUCUCUCGUCGAAUGGAUCAUGCAGUUGGCCAAGGGGUAAGAAUCUUGGAGGAACAUCUGUUCACAAUGGCAUGAUGUACAUCAGGGGGAAUCCCAAGGACUACAACGAGUGGGAGGAGAUGGGGAACGUGGGCUGGAGCUGGAACGAUGUAUUGCCCCAUUAUAUGAGCAUGGAAAAUAACGCAGAUGUGAAAAUACUGAACAAAAGAUUCCACAGUGUAGGAGGGCCUCUGAACGUGGAGAAAUUCCCCUGGCGUCCUCCCAUAUCCAGCAACAUCCUGUCUGCCGCACAGGAGCGAGGUUAUGGCGUCAGUAAUGAUCUCAAUGGAGACCAGUUAACCGGCUUCACCAUAGCCCAAACAACCAGUCGAAAUGGGGUUCGAUUGAGCAGUGCAAGAGCAUUCCUGACGCCUGUGAGGAACCGACCCAACCUCGAUAUAGCCCUCAAUGCAACGGCCAGGAGAAUCAUCUUUGAGGGUCUGAAUGCCGUCGGAGUGGAGUAUAUGCAAGCCGGAGAAAUUCGAACAGCUCGAGCCUCACGGGAGAUCAUUGUCUCAGGUGGUGCAGUUAAUUCACCACAAUUACUACUGCAAUCUGGAAUUGGUCCCGCCCAGCAUCUCAAUGCUGUUAAAGUACCGGUGGUCAAGGAUCUCCCGGGUGUUGGUGAAAAUCUGCAGAAUCAUGUGUCUUAUACACUGACUUAUUCAAUCAAUGAACCAAAUGAAUUUGAUCUUAACUGGGCAGCAGCUUUGGAAUACGUGGCUUAUCAGAGUGGACCGAUGUCAUCUACUGGGUUGUCACAAGUAACAGGGAAAAUGGCCUCAAGCUACAGUACACAGGACCAUCCUGAUUUGCAGUUUUACUUUGGGGGGUAUCAGGCGGCUUGUGCUACUACCGGCCAGGUGGCGGCGUUGAUGGAUAAUUCUAGGAGGAGCAUCAGCGUUUCACCUACUAACUUGCAUCCAAAGAGUAGAGGAACAAUACGACUGGCAAGCAAUGAUCCAGAAGCGAAGCCAUUGAUACAAGCCAAUUAUUUCGAAGACCCGCAGGAUGCUGCUGUUUUAUUAGAGGGCAUUCAGUUCGCUAUAUCUUUGAUGAAUUCAACUGCUCUAUCAAAAUACAAUAUCUCUCUGAUGUUUCCGGGGAUACCGGCUUGUCAACGAUUUCAAUUUCCUAGCGUAGAGUACUGGAAUUGUUCAAUUAGACAGGAAACUGGUCCGGAGAAUCAUCAAGCUGGUUCAUGCAAAAUGGGUCCAGCUAAUGAUCCCAUGGCUGUUGUCGAUCCACAACUCAAGGUGAGGGGAGUCAGGGGAUUGCGAGUUGCUGAUACUUCAAUUAUGCCCAAAGUCACGUCGGGGAAUACAGCAGCACCCGCAAUGAUGAUUGGCAGCAGAGCAGCUACCUUCAUCAAACAGGACUGGUUGCAAUAUCCUGUAACCUGGCACAAACCGUUUUUUUGGAAAAACAAGUGGUGGAACUUGAUGCCACGAAAUUAGAAAUUGAGUAUCAACUCUAGCCAUUGAAAAUACUAAAGUUAACAGGUUUAGUGAAUCAACUCAAGAGGCAGCAUGUCCUGGUAUACCAAAGAUUAGAGUCUUCGGAUUAUCACAACGAAGACGCGUUGCGGUAUAUUAUUUAUUGCUUAUAACAUAACGAUAAUAGACACAGUAACAUGAAUCAAAAUUGUGUAAAAUAAAAUUUGAAUUCAACAUUA